AUGACAUACAAAUCGAUUGAUUCCGUUACUAACCAAGAUGAUGCUGUAAACUAUCCAACAGAGUUUUUGAAUUCGCUGGAAUUACCUGGAUUACCACCUCAUAAUCUGAAAUUAAAAAUCGGUUCGGCAACCAUUACAUUGCGGAAUAUAAACCAGCCACGACUUUGUAAUGGCACCCGACUUGCGGUGAAGAAAUUAAUGAACAACGUCAUGGAAGUUUUGAAAGGGAAGUACAAAGGCGAAGACGUUUUGAUUCCAAGGAUUCCUUUGAUUCCGAACGACAUGCCAUUUGACUUUAAACGGUUGCAAUUUCUAGUGUGGCUGGCAUUUGCAAUGUCGAUAAAUAAAUCUCAAAGCAGUCGCUAA